CACCAACAUUCUCAGCCUGCCUUCACUCAACGCGUAUAGUAGAGGGGAAAAAAAAACGAGACAAGUCCAUUUGCUCUUAAAUUUUAAUCAUGAUUUUCCAUACCCCCAUAACCUUUCCUUCCAACUUAUUAUUACUUCGUUUUUCAAUUCAACCAAAAAGAAAUUAUUCACACUCAACACCUUAAAUUAUUUUCGAAGUAUGUUGAAUAUCAUCAACAUUUGACCUCCCAAAUCAUAACCCAUCACCCAUAUCCAUACUGUACUAUUGAUUCGAGGCUUCAAUACGUCCUUCCUUGACACAUCCAACACCUCACCACCCUAAUUAUUGCGACCGUCAAUUCCCAGUCUUCAAUCAUUCACCUCUGACAACUUCCACGACUUCUCCAUCAUGGCUUCAGCAAGCAAACCUACGCCGACUACCUCUGCUCCACGACGAAAGUCGUCGGGCCUGAGAGAGAAGAGUUCUAUGAUCAUUACUCUCAAAUUAUCUCCUGCAAAGUUAAGGGGUGUUGGCCAAUCUUUGAUCAAAGAAGACUCUCCAUCAAAGGAUUCCACAUCAACAAUUCCAACUACUACGCCUGUCGCAAAGAGUCAAAAUGGCGAUGCUCAGGCCGAGUCGGAUCCAAAUACGCCCGUACCAAACGGUACGGAUACACCAGUUUCAUCAUCGAUGCCCCCUCCGACGGAAGCAAUUAAGAAGAAGGCUGGCGUCAAGAGAAGUUCUACUGCCGCCUUGGGAUCAGACACAACCCCUAGGGCUAGAGGCAAGCCAGGUCCAAAGAAGAAGGCAAGAUUGGAUGAUGGCACACUUGCUCCUAACGGAAGUACUCCAAGGGCGUCCAAUGGAAACAGUUCCCAUCGGCUUGGGCCUAAAGCCAACCAAGGCGCAAUCAAUGCUGGCUUACGUGCCCUCGAUCGUUCUGGUAAACCUUGUCGCAAAUGGGAGAAGCGCUCCUUCAUCAUCAAAACCUUUACGGGUAUCCCUAUCGAAAUUCCUAGAUGGAGAGCCCCUCCUAAGACGUCAAUUAAUCCCAGUACUGAAGGUUCGUCAACUGGUGAUAGUAGCAAGGAGAACAAGGAAAACAGCCAGGUUGAAAGUGAGAAGAGCACGAGUGCGAUGGAUGUUGAUGCUACCAACCUCGUCAGCUCUCCCCCAGCUAUAGCUCCAGCUCCAGCUCCAGCUCCAACCUCUACAUCUACCUCCACUUCUGCACCUGCCGUUGCACCUACAUCCGCUCAAGACCAAACUCAGUCUCCUGCGGUGAUCACUGCUUCCGCCUAAUACUUUCCAUCUAUCUUAAUCUUUUAUACCGUGUAUUAGAACCCGGAUCUUACCCGGUCAACCUCUUCUUUCUCAUUAAUGGGCAAUCUUUUCAAGGAACCGGAUUACAAAACGACCCUGCUUUGUCACCAACGCAAGACAUGUAUAAAAUUUUCUUUGGUUUCAAUUUACUGGGCUUUGGGAAAAUAUUUGGGGCGUUGUGGAUGGAAUGGGAUGGAGUGGAAAUAAAUUCCGCCAGAGCAAUGGUGUUUCUGGCGUUUCCUCCAAGCAGGAGAGUGUUAAUAUAGCAUAUCGCGGCCUUUUGGGUUCACGCAUUAUUGCUUAAACAAUUCUAAAUUAUGACUACUUUCUUGCUUUCACAGCCUGACCGGGCAUACAAGGGUCAAUCCACGUGUUUCCUUACCAUGAUCUCCCGUGCAGAGUUCCAACCAUGAUGGCAAGCUAUUCGCAGACGGAUGAGUGAAUUCGUCAGUAGCUUGUACUGUUACAAAGGUAGCUUCGACUGGCUGUCCAUUUAUGUCAUCGGUUCACGGCGAGUCUUAUUUCUUAUAAGGGACCCAGAUAUCCAUGUGAUUCUUGAAUAUUUACAUGAUAGAGGUCUGUUUGUUUGAGCUUGUAUACAAAUUGAAAUAAUUGAUAAUGUGAUUAUUUAAGUUCAGAUGAGCGUUCAUUGAUUUUCGUCUGAUCGGUCUGAUGUGUUCUUCUUAAAGAUUCGACCUCGAUUGGGUAAUGCAUGUACAUGCUAAGUAAAACGAUAUGAAUGACAUGGCUGGGAACUAUGCUCAUUCAAACGGGGUUUGAAUCUCAAUACAUUGUGGUCUUGUGUCUUCGGGAUGAUUUCUAUCAUUGUAUUAAGUAGGGAUUUCAAAAAGUAUAUUGAACACUUGAGAGGAUAUCGUUCAGCUUGUGUAUGUAUGUAGGUACCUAGCUCUAUUAAUUAAUUAAUUACCUACCUGCCUACCUACCUGGUUAUCACACCGCUCAUAGUGUCCCAUCAUAAUAAAUGUUUCUCGAAUUCUGGUGAAUUAGUUCAUAAGCAACAAAUGAUAGAAAUCAGUGAAGUUCGUGAAUCGUAAUAAAUGUUUCUCCUCAUGAUGAAAUCCAUCACACCCCCGGUCAUCGGGGAUCGAACCAUAACGGGAUUAGCUCACGUAUGAUGAAAU